AUGCCACCAAUCCCUACCUACAAGAAUGCGCCCAUAAAGGCCGACGGCGUCACACCUCAGACCAACGAUGCCUCCAACCCAGCACCAACACGCACCUCACGAUACGUACCCGCCACAACAACCGUAGACUCUUCGGCACCUCCAGCUCCCCAGCCAGGCGCCCGCCCAACCCCCACAGCCUCUACGCCCUCGAACCACAACGGCCCUCCACCUCCUCAGCCCGGCUACACAGCAACGCACAUCACGACCGAGACACGAGUCCAGGCGCCGCCACCUCAAUUCACACAACCACCGCCGACCGACUCGCAGCUCGCUGGCCGUUCGACAGUAACCUCGACGACGGCGAGCAAGCCGGGUCCUACAACGCUGAACUUGGGGCCGGUGGCUAGUCCGUUUCAGAGUGCGGAUACAGGCGGUGCGGUGCCCACGGCGACUGCGACAGAUGGGGGCGGCGGGAGGAGGAGUUUGGAGCACCCACCAGGGUAUCAGCAGGCGCCUGACAACGCGCCGUAUACACAAGGUGGUGGGAUUGGAGGUGGAGAGACUGCUGGAGAGGGCAUUGGGGCUCAGGCGUGGAAUAUGAUCUCGAAGGCUGGCGAGGCAUUGAAGGGUGCGGAGGAGGCGGCGUGGAAGGCUGUGAACGGCAAGAGAUGA